AUGGCACUGCAAAGUGUUUGUGGAUGGGAUGCAACUAAUUCAAGCCUAAAUCUGUUUCCAUCCUACAAUUUAACCGUCAGACGUUCUCCUAACUUUCUUCAGACAUUCCAAGGUUCUUCUUCUCACCAUCGUGACUCUGGACCCCCACCACAGGCACAUGGCACAACCACUUUGGCCUUCCGUUAUGCAAGGGGUAUUGCUGUGGCAACUGAUUCACGUUCUUCGGCUGGAAAACUUGUCUGCAGCCCAGAUAGUCGCAAGGCUUUCCUAAUUCACAGUCAUCUGCUGGCCACCACUUCAGGAAGUUCAGCUGACUGCCAGUUCUUUGGCCGAGCUUUGGCCAGAGAGUGCAAGCUGUAUAAAGUGAGGAAUGGGGACAUGCCAAGUGUUCGUGGAGCUGCCAGAAUGUUGAGUGUCCUCAUGAUGCCAUUCCGAGGAACCGAUAUCUGUGCUGCAAUUACUCUUUCUGGCUGGGAUCGGAAUGGACCUUGCAUCUGUUACGUAUACAAUGAUGGAACCCGCCUUUGUUCUGAUAUAAUUUCUGUGGGAUCAGGCUCCCCAUAUGCAUAUAGCAUAAUUGAUGAAGGCUAUAGGCCUGGAAUGGAGGAAGAAGAAGCCCGUCAACUAGCCAGACGUUCAGUGUGCCAUGCAGGGAGAAGAGAUGCCUAUUCUGGCGGAUUUGUGGAUGUGUACUGGGUUAGAGAAGAGGGUUGUGAGAGGGAUCCUAGGGAAGACCAGGUACAACUUUAUGUGAAAAUUGUAAAAGAAUAA